UUCAGUCCAUUCAGACUUUAAUUCUUCAAACGGACGCUGCAUUGUUUCAUUUCAACGUCAACCACGUUGUUGAUUAUAUUUAUUUUUUUUCAAGUUUACGGUCUCCAUGGUUACAUGGUCGUUCUGGACUGUGGCGGAUGCUAGCAACAGUUGCUAGCACUGCGCACGAAUAAAAACACAUUAGUAAAAAUACAGCAAUAAAGCAGCGGGUGUCUAAAUAUAGCUCUAUAUGAUAUAAGAAACACAAGAUAGUAUUGACAUGCCGGUAAACUCGUUAAAAUCGCCAUUUUUUCGACGCCGGUGACGUCAUAGAGAACGUGUGCCCUCCUGAGUAACGCGAUAAUCAUUAAAACUCGAUAGCGCCGUUUGUGUAUGUUUUCGUGGAAUCCAAGAAAUAUUAAAAAAUGACUGCUGUGACUCGCACCGUUCCCAAGCCCGUCGACGCUAAAGUUGUCAAACGGGAGCGGGUUUAUGACUACUUGUACGAGCCGAUAUAUUACCUUUCUUCCGAAGUCGACCAUGUCAAGUCCAGUUUUACCACCUUUAAGGAGCGAGUUAGAAAAUUGCCAGAGUUCGAAACCAUGUUCAGCAACGGGAGGGUCACCUUUCGUCUGGACCCAUCCGAUCCGUUGCCGCCUUCCGUGGACCGCCGUUGGCGUGGCAAUGCGGAACAGCGACGGCAGGCCCUGCAGCACCUGGCUGGAUUUAUUCCAAGUAUCCAACCGUUGAUGAAAAAAAGAGAAGCGGGUGACCCGAGUGGAGCUGAUCGAUGGAAAUAUUUUAAAAGGCCUCUUCUUCCAUGCGUGCAACAGAUUCCCUUAAUUGGGACUCGUGAUGGUUAUCGUCAAGAUGACUUGGAAGCCGUUGGCAGACUACACGCUGAGGGUCUUCCCACCCACUUCACCGUGGCGGUGCAGACAGACUACAGGGAGAGCGAAGCCCAGACGGACCCGUACAGCCCCGACUACGUGCUACGCGCCGGCGCCCCCCCUCCGGAGCUGCUGGCGCUGGCGUCUUUCACCUGGGACCGAGGUCUGCCCGCGAGCUUUGAAGAAGUGGAGAUGAUCGAGCGGGCCCGGGCCAGACGGGCGUGGGAGGAGAGGCUGCCCCGGCUCGAGGACCCGAACCUUCUGCGCAAAAGGAGGCGCAUGAUGGAGGAAAUGGAGGCGAGAGAGUGGGCCUUCAGAGAAGGAAAAAUACAGAAGCUGCAGGACGCCCGUCUGGCCGUGCUGGGGGAGAUCCUGCAGCAGAGGGACCGGGCCCAGGUGACCCUGACCAAAGAGAAACUCAACCACAUUUACUCCAAGCUCCUCAAGGAGAAGGAGAGCAAGCUGCACAAGGUGGACAAGGAACACAUGCGAUCAAUGAGGAAGCUGGAGGCUAAGCGGAGGAACAUGGAGGAGAACAUCAAGCAGCUGGGCACGUGUAAAGACUACACGGUGUACUCCUCGCUGACGUGCGCCUCGAGGGCGUGCGGCGACAACUUCGCCGUCAAGAAAGCGCAAAGUCAAGAGAUCCAACGUCUGGAGACGUACGAGGGCUUACUUAACCGAGUCCAGAGACCCGGCGACGCUUUCCUUAAGCAGCAAAAGAAACUCGCCAAACCCAAAGUCAACACGAGCAAGGUCAUCAUCAAGCCCCCUGAAAGCAGGAGAAGCAUUCUGUUGGAGAAAUACAAGGACCUGAAAGACGAGAUUAGUAAAUAUCUCGUCAAAAAGGAAAAGCCCGCCACUCGUCCCGUCACCCCCACCGUGGAGGAGCCCCCGGAGGGGGAGGAGGAGAAGGAGCUGGCGGUCAUCCAUUUGCAGAAACUCCUGAGGGGAAGAAGCAUCCAAACGGAGAUAUUCACCGGCAAAGAGAACCACUUGGACCUCAUCAAGGAGAUGAGGACGGCGCACGCCCUGCGAGCAGAGGAGCAGCAGAUGCAGAGGGCCGACAAAGCGAUGGUCGUGGACCUCAAAGCCGAGAGAGACGAGAUCCAGCUCGAGACGUCCCGCGAGGAGGCUCGCCACGCCGCCGCCGUGGGCGCCGAGCUGGAGUACGUGUUCGAUACCCUGUCCAAGGAGCUGAUCCGUCUCCAAGAGGAGCGGCGCAUCCACGCCUUCACGCUGCUGGCCGAGCGGGAGCGUCUGCGGCGCGAGGCCGAGGAGAGCGGCAGGAGGCAGGCGGAGGAACGCCGCCGCAGGGAGGACGACCAGAUCUUCAGAGAAGUGGUGAAGGUCCACCAGGAGACGGUAGACUUGUACUUUGAGGACAUCAUCCUGGAUACCAUGGAGAUCACGGCGGACCAGCAAGCCCGAGAGGAGAUCCGCAGGGUGGCCAAGGAGGUCAACGACAUCGCCUACGCCAUCGAGGAGAGCCGCAACAACCUUCAGUCCGAGGAGAUCGUGUCGGAGUUGGUCUACGGCUUCCUGAUUCCUGAAGUGGAGAAGAUCAGAGUCAGGCAGAGAGUGCACGAGAGGCAGCGCCGGCACCUGCUGGCGGUGCGCAGCAUCGUGGAGGGCAACGCCGAGCCGCAGAUCGUGGCGAGCACCAUGGGCACGCCGCAGGUGACGCGCCCCUCCGAAGUGGCCGCCCGGCAGGUCCUGGACGACGCGCUGCUCCCAGGACCCAGCGGAGCCAAGUAGUCCCCAUCAGGGAAUUGGAAAACUGUUCAAAGUCUAACAUUUUUAUCCACAAACUACAUUUUACGUAGGUUGCAACAGAGAGACCGGACAAGUCACAGAAAUUUCAUUGCAUUUCUUCAUAAAUGCGGUUAAGACUUUCCACAAAUUGAUCCGCUCUGAUCGGAAUAUGAUCGGCACCCCAUUUUCGUUGCCUGCCUUCAUUUCUCAGGGGAACCCGAAUGACUGACCGUGACUCACCUGGUUUUAUCUCACUUCUUCCGAGGGCAUCUUUGGUUUUUGACGAACCCCCUUUCUGAUGAUCUCGCCACAGAUUCAUCUUUAAAUCUUAACCUGAAAAACUCCGCGAGUGGCCUCAAAAACAGUAAACGCGGUCAUGUCAUGUCAAAUGUGAACUAGUGCAGGACUCUUGACACAGCUGCAACCACAAAAAUGUCACAACUAAAAAUAUGAAGAACUA